AUGAAAGCAACACUUUUUGCCCUUCUCUCUUCCUCGCUUGCUUCUCUUCACCAUCGUGUCGCCUUCUCUUCAUCACCGGUAUACGUAUUUCAUCUCCAGCGGUCGCUGCGAGGAGGAGGAGGAGUGAAGCUGGACGAGAUGAACGCUGCAUUCAUGAGCGCGAGGUCGCGCGCUCUCGAAGCCAUCUCCCGCUUCUCCAACGGAUCUUCGUCAACUUCGCUACCGACAACAUCAUGGCGGACCACUUCCAAACCUAGACGAAGCUUCGACCGUCCACGUCUGUUCACUCGAAACCGAUCCGAUCUCGACGCAUCUUCGGAAACACCCUCGCGCUCGACCGUGCUGUUCGUGCUCGGCUGCUUGGCGUGGUACACCUCGUCCUCGCUCUCCUCCAACACCUCGAAAUCGCUCCUCUCCAAAUCCCGAUCUUCUUCGUCGUCACUACCCCCGGCAUUCCCGUACCCGGUCACCCUGACGCUCAUUCACUUUAUCUUCGUCAACGUGUGCUGCUUCAUCUGCGCCUCACCCGCUGUGCUCGGGCGUCACACGCUUACGCGUCUCUCCCCGCCCUCCAUCCCUCGCAUAUCCUCCGUCGCCCAGUUGGCUUUUUUCAACGUCCUCGGUCAGGCGCUCUCCUCUCUCGCCAUCUCCCGUGUUCCUGUGGCUACGGUGCAUACGAUCAAAGCGCUCUCGCCGCUGUUCACCGUUCUCAGCUACACCUACCUCUUCCACGUCACCUAUUCGAGCAGGACGUAUCUCUCGCUCGUCCCUCUCACCAUGGGCGUCAUGAUGGCGUGCACCGGAUUCAGCUUCGACGCGGACGACAUCGUCGGCUUCGCAGCUGCACUCGCGAGCACGUUCGUGUUCGUCGCGCAGAACAUCUACAGCAAGAAGCUGCUUCGAAACCCAGACGGGGGCGAAAAGAUGGACAAACUCAACAUCCUCUUCUACUCGUCCGCCUGCUCGAUCGUGCUCAUGAUCCCCAUGGCGCUGUACUACGACGGCACGGCGAUCUUCACCAAUCCCAGCUGGCGUGCUUCUCCUUCCGUUCCUUUCGACAGAUCGUUCCUGGUGGUGAGGCUGCUGCUGGUCAAUGGGCUGGUGCACUUUGCGCAGAACAUCCUCGCCUUCAACGUCCUCUCCCUCGUCUCCCCCGUCACCUAUUCCAUCGCUAGUCUCGUCAAGCGAGUGUUCGUGAUUGUGCUAGCGAUCAUAUGGUUUAGGCAGAGCGUGACGGGUUUGCAGUGGGUAGGAAUCGCAAUGACGUUCGGCGGGUUGUGGAUGUACAACAACAGCAAGACGCAGGGAGAGGUGGACAAGGCCGAGAAGAAGGUGGCGAGCAAGCAGGAGGGAGAGAUCCUACCAUUGACGAGCAGCAGCAUGGGCGGCAGGGUGGAGGGUCUGCAUCAUCGAGACGCGGUGGGUGGUGGCGUUCCACCGUUGCAGCAGUAUCCGAGGCAGAUUUCGGUGGCGACGACGUACAAAGCGCCGCCCAACGUGGGCGGCUGGAACGACAUACCCGAGUCGAUGUUGAGGAGCAGCUAUAUCAAGGAUCCGACGAAAAGUCUACCUAGUCCUCCAGACAGCGAUAAGGAGGUGUAG